AGAAAUAACAUGGCGUCUAACUGUGUUAAGUAAUCAUGAGAAGAGAUAUGAUUUUGUAAACAUGAUAAAGAGGGUGAUGAAGCAUAAUUGACAAUGGCCCACUUCGGUAAAGAUCUCGACUCCUUCAGCGCUUCAAGAACUGUGCGCAUCCUGAGUUCUGAAUCGUUAGAAAACUACACGGUGUACCUGAUUGAGGUGACUGUCGGCCCUUACAGCUGGACUGUGAAGCAUCGAUACAGUGACUUCCAUGAACUCCAUGACAAGCUGGUGUCAACAUGUAAGCUAGACAAGAACCUCCUGCCUCCCAAGAAGCUGUUUGGUAACCAGAGUGAGACAUUCAUCAAGAAACGUCAGGGGGAGCUGGAGGUGUACCUCCAGACUGUGCUCUACUACCUGGCACACUUCAACAAAUAUGUAAGUCCCCAUCCCCCUCACGCCUUCUUCCUACACUUCAACAAAUAUGUAAAAAGUCACCAUGCCCCCUACCUCGUCUUCUUCCUACACUUCAACAAAUAUGAGAUUCAUGGCAUCACCCAGGCACUUGCAGAAGAGCUCUACAACAGAGGGGAGUCAAUCCUGCAAUCCCACGAGAUGUUCCAGAUGUCCCCCCUGCAGCUCCACGCACUGACCGAGAGGCUGAAGCUGCCUGAACCAACAUGUGAAAGUGGUGAUGUGAAGAAGGACAUUGGCCACAUCCUGGAUUUCAUCACAAGAAUGAAGAGGCUUAAAAUCUGUGGCAGCAAGGAGCCAGUUGGUUCAAGCAAUAUUGAUAUGAACCAACUUACAUUUGAUCUCACAUUGUUCAAGUCUUUGAAGUAUUUAGAGAUAUUGAAUUGCAGUCCAAAGAAUAUUGUUGGUUUAGAAACAAUAAAACAGACGCUCAAGGAAUUCCAGCUAUGCAGAUCAACUAAAACAGUUCGAGAGUUCCUUCUUCAAGACAUUCCACACUGGCGCGGGGAGGAUGGCACACUGCUGGUGUCUUACUGGGAGCAUGUGGAGGAAGCCGACAUGAGUCACAACUUUAUAGUUGAGAUUGAUGACAGUGUGCAACUCAUGCCGAAGGUGGAGCAUCUGGACCUCAGUCACAACCAGCUGACAACCAUCCAGCACCUGCAGUGGCUCAGCCACCUCACCUUCCUCGACAUCUCACACAACAACAUCCACAACCUGGACUCCCUGCACACUAAGCUGGGCAACCUGAAGACCCUCAAGUUGGCAGGCAACAAACUGGGGAGCCUUCAGGGGUUUUCAAAGUUGUUUAGCCUGGAAAUUCUUGAUGUCAGCAACAAUGAAAUUGGACAAGUGUCUGAUGUCAAGCCUAUCGGUGGCCUGCCAUGCUUGGAAAACCUGCUGUUGACCGGCAACCCAGUGACCAUUGUGCUGGACUACCGAACCAAGGUCCUUGAGGUAUUCGGAGACCGGGUCAACGAGGUGGUGCUGGACAACCAGAAGCCCAACCAGAAGGAGCUGGACACUGUGGCAGUGCUGCAGGCUCUCCAGAAGGCCCGUGACAACAAGGACAAGGUGAAGAGGCUCACCCCAAAAAAGACGGCCUCCAGUGCAAGUUUAACUGACUCUGAGUACAGUAGGACCCCCCCCCAAACCUGUUGGGGGAAGCCAGAAAUGGCAGCACUUCCCCAUCCUCAGGUAAUCAAUAGAUUUAAGACAUGGCAGCACACGAGCAUUAUCAGGAUCCCCACUAUAUCCGAACUAAGCAGCAGCUCCCUCACCGGACCAACACAUCACAGACCAAUCAGCAGCCCUGUUACAAGAACUGAAGAGGCUGGGCUAACUGGCAGCUCCAUCACUGGACCACCACAUCAGAGGCCAAUCAGCAGCCCUGUUACAAGAGCCGAACAGGCAGAGCUCUGCAGCAGCGCUCUUACUGGGACAGCUCAUCACAGGGAGAGCAGCAGCCCAGGCACCAGACCGGAAGAGGCAGACCUACAUAUUGGUCCGCCAUCCAGGCCAGAAGACAUUGGGAAUGGGAACAGUCCUUCCGCAGACAUCUCCAGCACCAGCCCCCUUACAAGAUCAGCAGGGAUGGGUAUCAGCAGAUAUGAGGAGAUUGAUGGCCUCACCACCUCCGAACACCAGGGACCCACCUUGUCUCCUGAUAUGGCACAGUUGAAUACUGUGAUGGCAGCUGCAGAUAUGAAAUACCUCAAGAAAACAGCAGAAUACGAUAUUCAACAAGCUGACAAUGACUCAAAAACAGCUGACAGUGGUAAUCAACCAGCUGCCAAUGAUUCAAAAACAGCUGACAGUGGUAAUCAACCAGCUGCCAAUGAUUCAAAAACAGCUGACAGUGGUAAACAACCAGCGGCCAAUGAUUCAAAAACAGCUGACAGUGGUAAACAGCCAGCUGCCAAUGAUUCAAAAACAGCUGACAGUGGUAAUCAAGCAGCUGCCAAUGAUUCAAAAACAGCUGACAGUGGUAAUCAACCAGCUGACAAUGACUCAAAAACAGCUGACAGUGGUAAUCAACCAGCUGCCAAUGAUUCAAAAACAGCUGACAGUGGUAAUCAAGCAGCUGCCAAUGACUCAAAAAUAGCUGACAGUGGUAAUCAAGCAGCUGCCAAUGACUCAAAAACAGCUGACAGUGGAAACUACUCCUCCCCAGAUCUGGCUGCGAUGUUAAGUGCUCUUACUACUGCUUGGAAUCAACAACAGGCUGCUCACUCUACGGGAAAUGCUCCUCCCCUCGGACCAUCUGUUACGGCACCUAGUCCUGGUGUUCCACCUGAUCCUACGUCUCCAGCACAUUCGGUUGUGGAUUCCCCAGAGGAAAAGGAGGCCUCCAUCGGUUCGUGCUGUCUCAUCCGGAACUGCAUCAGGGUUUUCGUGGCCAUUCGUCCCAAGCUAGAGGUAGCAGGUCCUCCCGUGGCACUUCUUCCCGACGUCCUCCCAAGUCCGACUCCCAAGCUGGGAGUGGGGCCCCAAGCAGUGACUCGUCGAAACAAGGGCACGACUGGGAACUCCCUCCUCCAGCCGUCCCCAUUUACGACUCUCCAGAUCACCAAGCCGAUCACCAGGUUUCUUCAUCUCCACGGGGUCGUGUUCAAAAGUUACAUAGACGACUGCAUUCAGGCACAGAGAGACCCAGUCGUUCUUCUACGUCAGUUGGAGUUCAGUACGAAGCUACUCCGGCAACUAGAACGGGACUUGCACAUCAACGAACUCGAGUUCUUGGCGGUUCUUCUUGCCAUUCGACAUUGGGCAACGGAACUUCGGGGGUCCUCCCUGCUGAUUCAGACAGACAACUCCUCGGUCGUCUGGUACAUCAACCAUCUCGGGUCGACGGGUUCGGCGAACCUUCUUCAGUUGGCGUUUCGGUUCUUCCAUCUGAUCGACUCCCUCGCCAUCGAUGCUCAAGCCAGACACAUUCCCGGAGUCAGGAAUGUCAUCGCAGAUGCGCUGUCCCGCUCCGAUUGGCCAUCUCCCACGGAGUGGCAAUUGAACCCACAGAUCUUUCGGGAACUGGUCUUCCCGUUAUCAAGGCCCCAAGUCGACCUAUUCGCCACGCGGUUCAACCAUCAGCUCCCGCAGUUUGGCUCGCCGAUACCAGACCAAUUAGCGUGGGAUCUCGACGCUCUGGUGAUUUCGUGGGAGGCACUCAACGCUUACGCCUUUCCACCUCCGGCUCUUCUACCAAGAGUCAUCCAGAAACUCAGAGCGACCAGGCAGAUUCUACUGAUUUUGGUCGUGCCUUACUGGCCACAUUUGCGGUCGUCUAAGAAGCUCAAGGGUUCCACUUUGGCCACUUACCUUGCUGCGAUCAACUUGGUCCUGGCUACCACCACAGGCUCUAAGGUCUCCACGGUUCCUGAGCUUCAGUAUUUGCUCCGGUCCUUCAAGUUGGCCAAUCAGUCUAAGAAGUUUAGACCUCCUGCUUGGGAUUUAUCUGUGGUGCUGCGUCAUUUGGCCUCGGCGGACUAUGAACCCCUAGCUCAGAAGGACUUUGAGAAGAUCUCCUUCAAGACCUUCUUCCUUGUGGCCUUGGCUACAGCUGCUCGGAUUUCUGAACUCCACGCUUUGGACGUUAACAGAGUCCAGUUUGAACGGAAGAAGCAUGGCAAAGUCUUCCUCGGUCUCCGUUGGGAUUUUGUAGCGAAGAAUCAGUUGCCGGGACAACCCGAUCAUCGCCGCCGUCUCCGCAAGCGCCUCUUCAUUCCGUUGUCCUCAACAUCCAGGGCGGAAGUGUCUCGCACCACUUUAUCCUUCUGGAUGAGAGCCACCAUCCUACGGGCUUACACCUUCGCUGGGUUACCGCCUCCGACAGCUUCCAAUCCACAUGAGACACGGGCGUUAGCGUCUACAAUGGCUCUGCAUAUGCAGAUCUUCCAACCAGUGCAAACACAGAGUUCCCGGAGCUGGCUGCAGAAGCAACUGAUAGGAGGAGGAAGCCCAUCAAGGGAGAGCACUAAAGAGAACAUAUUGGACAUCCUGUGGUGUAACGCUGUCCAGUACUCUAAUCCCACUGUGUUUUUCUCUUGCUGUGCUGUGUUAACUAAGAGUAAGAUUUUCAUUGAGAGACUGACUGAUCUCGACUCAGGGUUGCCCGGUGUGCCUGACUUUGAACCCUUCUACAUCCUCCCUAUGUGCAAUAUCCAGCAGAUUGUUCUGGGCUGUUGUUUGGCUUAUGUGAAGCUUGAAGAAUCCUUUGUUGGGAAGAUGGGCACCUUCAUUCUGAUAGGGCUGGACCCUUCAGUUUUGAAGACAUAUGUAGAGUCUGUCAAAUUGAAUUGUGAAGGUAUGAAAAGUCUGAAUGCUCCAGAUAUCUUAGAUUUGUCUUGUGAUUCUGAUAUUUCUCGUCAAAUUUUCAAUAUGGAAGACAAAUUUGGUUCUUCCUCUGAUCGCAUUGUUUAUUCCUGUGUUGUGGUAGCCAAACCCUCCCAUUCAAGAUGCUUGCUUGUGCUGUCAGAGAACAGAGUUUACCUUAUAGACAUUGACUCUAUCUACUGGCCACUGCCCUCCUUCGAGGCCGAGUCUGAGGAGAUGCUUCAGAUUGGCGUGAUGCAGAACCACCCAAUAACAGAUAGAAUCAGCAACAUCAGCAUGUACAGUGCAGUGAAUUCAGUUACAACUCCAAAGUCACAGUUAAGGGAAACAAAUGUCAGAUUUGCUGAAUUUGGAUUGUCCAUGAUUUUCCAUGAGACUGCAGGACCAAAAUUGUUUGAUGUUCUAUUCCCUUCCACAUCCUCACGUGAUUUUUACCUUGACCGACUGACAAACCUUCGAGCAGAGCAUGCCCACCGGAUGUCACCCACACUGCGAGAAGAGCCGGAGGGAGGGAAUGAACUUGUUGAUCCCCCAGACUCAAAGAGGAUGGGUAGGCUGCCGUCAGCAAGUUCCUUACCAUCCAGUUUUGACAUAAGCAAAUAUUAUGUGUCCAAGACGCAUGCCAGUGUAAAAACUUUACCCUCUGAGAUUAAGAUUCAGAUUCAAACCCCCCACCAACCUGAACCUGUUGAAAGCGAUAAUCCAGUGCACUAUACUUCAAUGAAAAAGCGCACUUCCAAAGAGGCUGUUUAUCCAUCAGUAGAUGUGAAUGUAGGUGAAGUGGAUUCCCUGAUGCUGGCCUACCUCAGUGGUGAGCUGGAGGACCACUUGAAACUAUGCAUUAGAGACUAUAAACUCAUCCAUUCUCUCCCUUCAAAGCUGAAACCAUUUGCUCUGAUGGAUGGAAGAGACUUGGCAACAUUCUUCCAUACAGUCAUAGCAGGAAAGACUUCUCCAGAUCGGGGAGGCCUCAUGGAGGAGCUGCACCAUGUUCUCUGGACAAAUGUUGUACCUUACAGCAACCCAAAGAUGGAGAUCCCAACACUAGUCAUGCUCAGCACAAGGGGGAUUUACUUCGUGUCCGACUCCUCACACAAGUCAGAGUCAAGUUCCAGACCUCCCUGGAUGACCCAUGCCAGACACCAGUCAGACUCAGCUUUUGCCUGGAAAACUGAUGUGGGCAAAGAUGGUUCAGAUAGGAGUGUCCACAAGAUAAAGAAACGAGGCACCAUCAAGCCAUACUGUGUGUUGAAGUACUCAGAUCUCCAGCAGGUUAAUGUGGGUCUGUUUGACCAGUGUAUUAGACUGACAGGUCAAGAUGCUCAAACAGUGUUUACCCUGGCCAUCAGAGAAAGUGUAGCCACUGGUAACUUCCUCCAGAGUAUGACAGGAAUUCUCUCACUUUUGGCCACAUCCCCCAUGAUUGACAAGGACAAGCAGGACCUUGAACAGGACUUCUACAAGGCAUUCACCAAGAGGACCAAGUCCACCAUUGAAGGCCUGGAAUAUAUUCAUCCCAGUCAAGUUCGCUUCUGCUAUCCAGGAGAAGAUGCUAUAGAAGACAUUUUGUAUCUUGUGAAGGAGAAGGUUCACGGUUCUCUACCGAACAACAGCAAACUGACAUUGUGGAUGUACAUUUUGGGUUAUGUGGUUCCAGAGGAGUUCUUGACAGGAUCAACAGAUAGAAUUUUAACAAGGACAAUAAUCUUAAGUAGUACCCACAUCUGCCUGGCUGAAGAGGAUAUUGUGACCUACCCUCUGCCUGACUUUGUGAGAGGUCUGCCUGAAAAUCCACAACAUCUGAUUGUCGAGUCUCGUAAAAUUGAAAACUUGAAGAGGGUUGUUCUGUACUCCAAUUACCUGAAUGUGAUCCAGUUGAUAUUCAGUGAUGAGAAAGAGGAGUUGGUGGUUGAUGCGUCACUUGACUACUUCAGUGAGGAGAGUAUCAUCAAGGGGAGAGAACCCCGCCCAGAGUUCUGUGUGCGACUCUUUAUUCAGAGUCCAAGUGAGAAGGAGAAGUUUCUACAGCUGUUGAAGAAACACUGGAAGGAACUCAACCCUGAAGUGGGCAGGAUUCUGGACAUAAUUACGGAGUGAUCAUGUUGUGUUAGGUACUGUCAUAGACCCAGUCGUUGUUCCAGCAAUAGCCUCAGGACAGUCCUGUGGGUAAAGUGUUCUUCAGGUAUGAGGAAUAGUGCUAAAAGAAGCAUUCCAUCACACUCAUUUACUCACUGUUCAACAUCAGUUCAUAGACUGCAACAGGAUUCAAUUACAACUCUCUGACUGUCACAAGUUACCCAGGUGACUGAG